AUGGCCAAGUCACUCCUGCUGCUGUGGCUGCUGCUGCUGCUGCCCAUACUCCGUGGCCCAGGUGCAGAAGCUGUAGGGACCACCUCCUCCCCGGCCUGUGCCCAGGGCCCCGAGUUUUGGUGCCAAAGCCUGGAGCAAGCCUUGCAGUGCAGAGCACUGGGGCACUGCCUGCAGGAGGUCUGGGGACACGCGAGAGCCGAUGACCUGUGCCAGGAGUGCAACGACAUCAUCCUCAUCCUCACCAAGAUGACCAAAGAGCCCGUGUUCCAGGGCGCGAUGCAGAAGCUCCUGGAGCGCCAGUGCCGAGCCCUGUCCCUGAAGCUGCUGGUGCCCCAGUGCCAACGCGUGCUCGUCGCCUACCUCCCGCUGGUCAUCGACUACUUCCAGAGCCAGAUCAACCCAAAGGCCGUCUGCAAGUACCUGGGCCUGUGCCAACCCGGGCACCCAGAGCCGGGGCAGGGGCCAGAGCUGUCGGAGCCCCUGCUGGACCACCUGGUCCUUCCUGUUCUGCCUGGGGCCCUCCAGACCCUGCCUCAGACACAGGAUCUCUCUGAGCAGCAGUUCCCUAUCCCCCUGCCCUUCUGCUGGUUCUGCAGGACUGUGAUAAAGCGGGUGCAAACUGUGAUUCCCAAGGGUUCACUGGCCCCGGUCGUGGCCCAGGUAUGCCAUGUGGUACCCCUGGUGGCUGGCGGCAUCUGCCAGUGCCUGGCUGAGCGCUACACUGUCAUCAUGUUGGACGUGCUGCUGGGCCGCAUGCUGCCCCACCUGGUCUGCGGCCUUGUCCUCCGGUGCUCCAGCGAGGAUGGCGUGGGCCUCGGUCUCUCCGCUCCGGGGCCCCUGCCAGGAGAGUGGCUACCGCAAGACCCCGAGUGCCGCCUCUGCGUGUCCGUGAUCACCCAGGCGGGGAACAGCAGCGAGCAGGCCGUGCCGCAGGCCAUGCGCCAGGCCUGCCUCCGCUUCUGGAUGGACAGGCAGAAGUGUGAGCAGUUUGUGGAACAACACUCGGUGCAGCUGCAGAGCCUGCUGUCCAGGGGCUGGGAUGCCCAUACCACCUGCCAGACCCUGGGGGCGUGCGCGACCAGGCUCAGUCCUCUCCAGUGUGUCCAGGACCCCCACUUCUGA